AAGCGAAGAUAAUGCUACCUGAAUUUAUGUUUAGAUUGUGUCAGUUUUACCUACAACAACCACAAUUUGGUAGAGACUUCAGCUCUUUGGAAAUUAUAGUGACUGCACCUGCUCAUGGUCCUACUCUCUAUUCACCUACCCACAACUACUAGAACAACUACACCAUGGUGCUUGAUUGUACCAAGAUCAAGGAUGUCCUGGAGAGGUACUACCUUUCACCGUUUUAUGCCGUUGAGUUCUGCGUUGGUUUCCCUGGCAACCUUUUGGUUGUACUUGGCUAUAUAUUUUGUUUGCAGGAGUGGCAGAGCUGCAAUAUUUACCUCUUCAACCUGGCAGUCUCUGACCUUAUUUUCCUCUGCACACUUCCACGCCUCUCGUACCUCUAUGCAAAUGACCAACCGGAGAAGAGUCCCUAUGGUUGCGUUAUCAACCGCUAUGUCCUGCAUGUCAAUCUUUACUCAUCCAUACUGUUUAUGGUUUGGCUUAGCAUGGACCGUUUCCUGCUCAUAAGACAUCCAACACGUAACCACUGCCUGUUGAGGCCGAAAAUAGCCAUGAUCGUGUCAGGGCUGAGCUGGCUAGCUGUUAAUGCGGAAGUUGCUCCGAUGAUAUCACUGAUGGUCCACGACCUUCAGAGAGGAAACUGGAGUAGCUGCAAGGAUUUUGCCAGCUUGAAAGGAGAGGUCCAUACAUUGGGCUACAGCCUGGGGCUUACCCUCACUGGUUACGCUCUCCCUUUGCUUGGACUGUGUGGUUUCUCGUACCAAAUUGCACAUUUGCUCCAUAUCCAGGAAAGGGCCAUACAGCGCCGGACAACCACGUACAAGCGUCCUCUCAGGGUUGCUGUAUCGGCCGCUAUCAUGUUUCUGCUUCUCUACACACCCUACCAUGUGCUGAGAAAUAUCCGAAUAGCAUCUCAGCACGACUGGACAGGGUUGCAGCUUUGUACAAGGAUGAACAUAGAGAGCCUGUACAUCAUCACAAGACCAUUUGCCUUCUUGCACAGUGUCAUCAACCCUGUCUUUUACUUCCUCAUGGGGGACAAAUUCAAAAAGCUCCUAUUGGCUAAGCUCAGGAAGCUGAUCAGAAAGACAGAGCAGCAAAGAGAACCAGCCUGAAAAAAUUCAACAUAGUGUCCCUAAAUAAAAGAAACAUCAAUAUAGCAAAUCCAAACAUGUGAAUCAGCUCCUUCUUUACGUGUAUUUUGUUAUACUGAUAAAUAAUGUGGAUAAUUUAUUAUGGUGUAUUAUAUUUUAUUUUAAUGUCGACUAAAUAAAGUAAUGUAAGACAACCGCUGUAAAUGCAUUUGAUGAGUAGAGCCUGUAGCUAUUUUUGUAUUAACACUGUUAGGUGUAAUAAUGUACAGCAUGUGUUCCUGUUUUUAUCUGUAUUUGUAUUUCCUGUUUUUAUCUGUAUUUGUAUUUCCUGUUUUUAUCUGUAUUUGUUAGACACUCAUUUGUUGCAUCAAUAUUGAUUUAGAAAGUCUAGAGCCUUUUGGCUAAGGGACCAACAUGUUAAUAAGAUCUAUAAAUUGUAAUGCAGAGCAAGAGCAGUCAGCUGGAUGUCCUCUUUCAAUGCACCCUGCUUCUGAGAUAGUAAGAUGGGAAUAUCUCCUUUUGAAAAAUGAUCUGUAUUUUGUGGUAAAACACUGUUGCAACUGAAACUGGAGGUUCAUUUUUAUAGAGUCAGCAUUGUUCAA